UUGUAGCUGCCAGUCUUCACAAACAGCCUUCUGAAACUGCCGAAUUGUUUCUGAAAGAGCUCGGCAAUCGAAGAACCAUGCGCAACUUUGUUCCACUGAUUCUGGCAGUCUCUGGUAAGCAUCUUGCUCAGCUCACAUCUGAUGCCCAUAAUUCACUAUCUACCCAUCUUUCAGGUGUCUUCCUUUUCGACCAAGGACACUCGUCUAAUCAGGACAGCCCUGAAAGCUCUGGAAUUGUAGUCACGCCUCCGGUGAACAUCGAAGAUGACACUAGUUCAUCCCGGUCAAGAGGAGGUUAUCUAACUUCCAAACACAGUAAUCAGGACCUGGACCUAAGUUCUGAAGCAAUACGUUUGAAGGACAGGCUAAACAGGACAAAAAGGAGCUGGGGGGAUAUGGGUGCUUCAUAUGAAGUCUACACAAAUCGGGAACGUAACGGAACUUCUGGGUACUAUUUUCCCGCUAUCAUCGCAAGAUACCUGGAUGAUAUUCCCUCAAUUUCGGCUCUCUUGAAUCCCGACCAGAAGCUUUACCUCCUCGUCCACGGAUGGCUUGGCUCGUCGACAUCCUUGUCAAAUAUUUCAAACUCUCCGUCUUCUUCGAGAUUGGUCAAGGAUGAGGAACUGGCACAAAUUAAGAACGAGCUCCUACGGGUGGAAAAUGCCACUGUCAUUGUGGUGGACUGGUCCGAAAAAGCAGAGGAUACCUAUUCCGUGGCGAGGAAUUAUUCAAGCCCGAUGGCCUUCGGCAUGGCAUGGCUUGUGAAGAUUCUGGUCGAGGCCGGUGCUCUCCAAGUGUCCAAAGUGCAUUACAUCGGUCACGGCCUGGGGGCCCAGGUCGCAGGAUACUUCGCACUGGGUCUCAAGUUGAUUAUGAACGGUCAAAAGAUUGGCAGGAUUACAGGCCUAGAUCCAGACAACGAAGGUUUUGAAGACGAGCGUCUGGACAGGGACGACGCUGACUUUGUGGACGUCAUUCACACCAGCAACGGCGUUUAUGAAUUGGGAAUGCGCGAGCCAAUGGGCCAUGUCGACUUCUAUCCCAAUAGAGGAGGUGACCAACCGCGGUGCUUUUCCGCCGCUUGCUCUCACAAGAUAGCCAAGAUCUACUACCGCAAAUCCAUUGAGAAAUGCACGUACUCAUCUGGAUGCUGUCCUAGUGGCGCCUACAUUUCCUCUCGCAAGCUGUACUGUCGGAGUUGGCGAACUUACUGCGGAAGAAUGGGCCAUCACGCAAGCAGUGACCUCCGUGGAGUACACCAUGUAGAACUUAAGUGGCACCACAUCCAUUGCGGUGUGUAGAGCAAUAUAGCCUCCUGUAUUGGGAGGGGGAGGCCUGCGCUUUAGGAGCCACAACAAUAAACAGUUGGGUUGCUGUGAAAAA